ACCCGCGCGCUCCGUCGGGCUCGUUCCCGCGCGUGGGACAGCGGCUGCCGCGGGGGCGGCUUCUGCUGGAGUCGUGCACAGUAGCUGAGGCUGUCGCUUGGCUGACGCUAGUCAGGGCUAAGAAGACUAAGAAUUAUUUCAGAAAAAGUGCCGGUUUGAAUGGAGAAAACCUGAAGCACUGUUUUCUCUGAGGCCUGGGUCUGCAGGAACUGCACAGACUUGCCUGGGGGGCUUUACCACACCUUCCUGCACCCCACUGCUCCAGACUUGAACCUGUUGGGACUCUCAUGUGGAUCUAAGGGGAAUGCUUUACUAUGGCUGCUGUUGUCCAACAGAACGACCUAGUGUUUGAAUUUGCAAGUAACGUCAUGGAGGAUGAACAGCAGCUUGGAGAUCCUGCCAUAUUCCCUGCUGUCAUUGUGGAGCAUGUUCCUGGUGCUGAUAUUCUCAAUAGUUACGCCGGGCUAGCCUGCGUGGAAGAGCCUAAUGACAUGAUAACUGAAAGUUCACUGGAUGUUGCUGAGGAAGAGAUCAUAGACGACGAUGACGAUGACAUCACCCUCACAGUCGAGGCUUCUUGUCAUAAUGGAGAUGAAACAAUUGAGACCAUUGAGGCUGCUGAGGCACUCCUCAAUAUGGAUUCUCCUGGCCCUAUACUGGAUGAAAAACGGAUAAAUAACAAUAUAUUUAGUUCCUCUGAAGAUGAUAUUAUCGCUCCAGUCACCCAUGUGUCCGUCACAUUAGAUGGAAUUCCUGAAGUGAUGGAGACUCAGCAAGUGCCAGAGACAAGUGCAGAUUCCCCAGGAGCCUCAUCCCCAGAACAACCUAAAAGAAAGAAAGGAAGAAAAACAAAACCACCACGACCAGAUUCCCCAGCCACUACACCAAAUAUAUCCGUGAAAAAGAAAAAUAAAGACGGGAAGGGAAACACAAUUUACCUUUGGGAGUUUUUACUGGCUCUGCUUCAGGACAAAGCUACCUGUCCUAAGUACAUCAAAUGGACACAGCGAGAAAAAGGCAUUUUUAAACUGGUCGAUUCUAAAGCAGUGUCUAGAUUGUGGGGGAAGCACAAAAACAAACCUGAUAUGAACUAUGAGACCAUGGGAAGAGCCCUCAGGUACUAUUACCAAAGAGGUAUUCUUGCCAAAGUGGAAGGUCAGCGUUUGGUGUACCAAUUUAAAGAAAUGCCAAAAGAUCUUAUAUACAUAGAUGAUGAGGAUCCAAGUUCUAGUAUAGAAUCUUCAGAUCCGUCCUUAUCUUCAACAACCACAUCAAGUCGGAAUCAAGCAAACCGAUCAAGAGUAUCUUCAAGUCCAGGAAUAAAAGGAGGGGCCACUACAAUUCUGAAACCAGGGAAUUCUAAAGUUACCAAACCCAAAGAUCCUGUGGAAGCUGGACAGCCAUCAGAAGUUUUGAGGACAGUGCAGCCCUCACAGGCUCCCUAUCCUACCCAGCUCUUCCGAACUGUUCACGUAGUACAGCCAGUACAAGCUGUCUCAGAAGGAGAAGCCACCAUAACCAGCACCAUGCAGGAGGAAACAGCAAAUUCUUCAGUUCCCAGUAUUAGGACGAUACAAGCUUCAACCCAGGUUCCAGUAGUUGUGUCUCCUGGCAACCAGCAGUUGCAUACAGUAACACUCCAGACAGUGCCACUCACAACGGUUAUAGCCAGCACAGACCCAUCAUCAGGUGCCGGGUCACAGAAAUUUAUUUUACAAGCCAUUCCAUCAUCACAGCCCAUGACAGUACUGAAAGAAAACGUCAUGCUGCAGUCACAGAAGCCGGGCUCUCCUCCUUCCAUUGUCUUUAGCCCCGCCCAUGUACAGCAAGUCCUCACAAGCAAUGUUCAGUCCCUUUGCAAUGGAGCUGUCAGUAUGGAUUCCUCUCCGUCCUUCAGUGCUACUACACCUGUGGUGACCUUUUCUCGAAGCUCACAGCUGGUUGCACACCCACCUGGUACUGUGAUCACCUCUGUUAUUAAAGCUCAGGAAACAAAGACUCUCAAAGAAGAAGCAGAGAAAAGGAUGGAAGAUGAUUUGAAUGAAGAGACCGAGAAAAUUGAAGAGCAGCCACAGCCGUACGUGAUGGUGGUGUCCAGUUCAAACGGGUUUCCCUCUCAGGUAGCCAUCAAGCAGAAUGAACUGCUCGAGCCCAACUCUUUUUAAUUAACACACCAAAGGAAUUAUGGGUGUUUUUUAAAAAAAUUGAACUCCUUUUUUGGUUGUCUGAAAAUAGCCUGAUUUUUCUUUCCUAAGGUAAAUCCACAGUUGAUAAUUUUAUAAUUGUUAGACAUAGUUACUUUUGCCUUCUAGAUGAGGAGGAAAACCUCUUCUCUAUGUUUCUGAACUCAGUUGUGAAGGAGCAGGAAUUUUAUACUAUGAAGAAAUUCUUAAGAUUUUUUUCAAUUGCUAUAUCAUAAGUAUUUUUAAAGUUUCUUUUCUAACUUGACACUGUAUUAGCUUCCUGAAUGUUUUGUAAAUACUACUUAAAUAUAAGUCAACAGGAAAUUUAUAUAGGAAAUACUUUCAUUCCACUUGUAUAAUUUAAGUCUUGACUCAGAUGCAAGAAACUUAUUUUAUACUAUUAAAAUUAUGAUGUCACUUUGACUUUAGUUGGCUGCACUGUUUAAAUAACAUUACAAAUCUGUUGGCACAUGUAAUCCCAGCACUUGGGAGGGGGAUAAAGGGCAAUCAGGAGUUGAAGGCUAGCUUUAACUACAUAGUGAGUUUGAAGCCAGCCUGGGCUACAUGAAACCUUUCAAAAACAAAAGCAAAAGAAAGCAACAAAAGUAUUAAAGUGUGCCUAUGAUAAUGUCUGGACCUGAGUGUCAGGCAGCAGCCUGUGAGUGGCACUCCCACUAGCUAGGUGUGUAACCCUGGACAGGCCACUUCAUCUGCUAGAGUCUUUGCCAUUCUGCUAAAAACAAGGGAUGCACUGGAUGAGACAAAAUAGUCUCCAAGUUCCCUUCUUAUAAACUUAUGAUUUUUAAUAUCUGUACUUUAAAAUUAUUCAGAAUAUUGCCUGAAGUAUUUCCUAUUGUAAAUAUAGGUAAAAUACUGUAUAAAAAUGUUUCCUCACAAAAUUAUUAUCAGUAAGAUCUGCCAUAAAUUCUUUGAGUUCUUUGUUCAUUAAUUCUUAGGCCACCGUGUAGUGUGGCUUAUUGGUAAACUUACUUCCGUGCUGAGUGCUAAAUGAUAGACUGCUGUUCUGAGAGUCAGGGCUUCCAAGGCCCAAGGACGCAGCCUGGGUCCUGAACUGAUAUGUGGAGUCAGUUAUCAGAAAGGCAUAAUUGCUUCUUAUUUGGAUAAUUUUUUACUAUGGGUGAAGGGGAAAAGAAAUUGCAUACAAAGAUAACAUAUAUCCAAUUUUCUGAAGUAGAGUUCUUAGAUUACUUUUUCAGCUGUAAAUAAUGUACAUUUAAUGUCACAAGAAAUUGUUUUCUGCAAAUUUUCUAGUAUAGAAAUUUUGUAGAAGAAAAAUCAUUAUGUUUAGAGGGCUAAUAUUAUAUGUUUUCAUAUUAUAAAAUAAAUUUGUAU